AUGCGUGGAAAACGUAAAGACGAAUGUCGUCGUGGCUUGGCAACGUCGCAGCCCGCACUCGACGACGACAUCGUGUUACAACUUACAGCCACCCGCGUGUUGCAACGUGGCCCGUGUCCUGUGGCGUCGCGUUGCCGCUAUCUCUCUCUAGGCCUCCCCGGCCCCACCGCGGCCGAGGCUCCGCCUCUCGCGCAUGACGCGCCGCCUGGCGGCAGCGCCGUCAAACGCACAGCACGUCUAUGUACACCGAUGCCACUUCGUACUUAUGAUUUCGCUGGACGUAAAUUUCCAUCGAGUCGGUUCAAUGGACUUUUCGAAAACAUCUAG